AUGUGGGAACGAAUGCUGACAUGUCUUCCUGGCGAUCUCAAAGGUCUUGAAGAACGCCACGCAUAUCAGGCUAUACCCAAGGACCUGCGACCGCAGUUUGAACGGUUACCGGAUAACACGAAAGGGAUAGGUUUUUGGCGAGGCCGACUGCUGAGCAACUCGUUCGUCCCAGAGGGCAAGUAUGAUUAUAGUGGUAGACGUGCGCGAUGUGUUUUUGAAAAGAUGGGGAGGGUACCGAGGAGCUGUCAGUGGAAUGCGAGGGUGUUGCUGGAUCCGAAAGAACAAGCUGGUUAUCUCCUAGCGCUUCACGAUAUCCUAGCCGACACGGAAAUCUUGAUUCGAUGGGACGAAUACUUCAACAGCGAGAUCCCUCUCGACUUUAAACCCUAUCACUUUACCUGCUCUUGUCCCAUCUGCGCCUCUCCAAACAAACCCGCCAACAAGCACAUACGCGAACAACGACUCGCUUUUAUCAAGCUCUUCAACGACGUCAUGGUCGGCCAACUUCAGCUCCAGCUUGGCGCUGCUGCAGAUCCUCUCCCCCAGCUGUGUCGAAUCGAGCACGCUAUCGAGAUUGCGAUGAAACAGGGAUACAGAGAGUCUUUGGAGAUGAUGUAUGCUGCUGGAUGGAGCUUGGCGGUGCAGUGCUGUGCGGAGGACUGUAUCCUCGCAUGGGCAGCGGGUGUAAGGGAUUCGAGCCUCCUUUUCAUGGGAGAGACGUUGGGGGAACGAAGGGAUAUCAAAAUGACGCUGGAGAGAUAUACGAAGGGGAAUGUUGACGAAUGCGGUCUUUUGGGGCAGUUCAAGAUUCGGGGUCCGAACAGAGAACUAGUCAAGCCAAUAUUCGACAAAUUCAGCUGGGAAGACUAUGAGCAGAUCAGACGGUCCCGAUCCCCCGACGAUCCUAUUAGGCCUGUGAUUGUGGCGGUCAAUCCGGCUACUGGCCGUCUUCCGGACCUUACGCUGGACGAGCUGGCUGCGUUUAUUGAUGGCGAUGCUGAGGAGAAGGGAAAAGAGAUGGAGAGUAAGGCAAAAAAGGCAAAGGUGGGCAAGAAGAAGUCGAGGAAGAUGCGAGGCUGA